AUGAGACGAUAUUUGUCCUCUGUUGCUAGUCAGUCGAGGCCUUCUAUCCUUGAGCUACUUCCUCCAAAGAGAUUUGUCAAUCGAAUUCUUUUUGAUCUCGAUAGUCGGUUAAAUUACAAAAAAGUCAUCCCAGUCUUGGAUACGAUAUACCAAAGUAUUCCUUCUGGAGAAGAUCCCAUAAUUCCCAAAUAUGCCACCCCUGACGAUUUGAUGCUGUUUCAAAAGGCUUUGAAAGAAAUACGACAGAAAACUCGUACAGAAAACAGGUAUCUUAUGCAGCUAGAGAAUGCUCUGGUAGAGAAAGCUGCUGAAUCUGGUCAACGAGAUGCCGUUUCGGUAUUAGCAUUUACUGCAAUCAAAGAUCAGAAUAAUCAGUUUACUGAUGAUGACAAGGCUCAUGCCAGAAAGCUAAUCAAAGAACUUAUGAAGCUCAAGCACCCACUAGCUAUAAAACUGACGGGUGAUAUGUUGUAUCAGUCGAAUGCUCUAGUAGAGGCAGAAAAGAUGUACAUGCGGUUCCUAGAGCUAGAAAAAGAUACGAUCUUAUCCGCUGAGGUUCAUAAAUCUCUGGGGGUCAUCUUUUUUAAAGACUUACGCCAUUUCAAGGCCAGAACACAUUUUGAGAAGAGUAUAAGAUUAGCUCCAUUGGAUAAGGUGUACGAAUCACACUUUUAUCUCUCUCAAUUGUACUCAAAUGACGACCCUCUUCGCUCUAGACAUCAUUUGCAACUGAGUUCAUCUCAAGGUUUGAGAGAGAGUCUAGCCAAUCUUGGCUUCUUGGAGCUGAAUUAUUUCAAUAACGCAGACAUUGCAUUUCAAUGGUUCAAACUUGGAGCAGAGAUCACAGACAUCACCUCAUUAAUAGGGCUGUUUGAUUGCUAUAUGCUGAAGAAGGAGUAUCACGAGGCAGUGAACAUCUUGGAUCAAUUGAGGGAUACGCUUACCAGUGAUUCAUACAAAAAUGCCAUAAAGACAGGUACUGAAAAGGUAACUUGGGAGCAACUACAAUCAGUAAGAGCAAAGUCACUGGAAACUCUGUCAAGCCUUCGUCUCCUAUAG